CGUUUCCUGGGUGUGCGGGGGUGGGGCGGGGCAGGCGGGGACCAGCCCAGCUCCCCGGCCAGGCGGGAAGGCAGGGAGGGAGGACCCGACCCCCCGAUCGACAGCCGGCCGGGAGCGGCGGCCGAUGGAGGACUGAGAGGCUCGGGGCCCCGGGCCCGGACACGGGCCCCAGCAGCCCGAGGAACGGGAAGCGCUCAGCACAGCGCCGGCCCCGCACUGAGCGCCGAACAAAGGCCGGGGAGAGGGCCCCCCGCCGGGGUCAUGGCGGGCCGGACGGUCAGGGCCGAGACCCGGAGCCGGGCCAAGGAUGACAUCAAGAAGGUGAUGGCCACCAUCGAGAAGGUCCGCAGAUGGGAGAAGCGCUGGGUGACCGUGGGAGACACAUCCCUCCGUAUCUUCAAGUGGGUGCCGGUCGUGGACCCGCACGAGGAGGAGCGGCGCCGGGCGGGGACUGGGACCGAGAGACCCCGAGGCCGGGAGCGGAGGGGUCGGGGGAGCAGUCCCCGGGGGAGCGGGCCCCUUAUCCUGCUGGAUCUCAAUGCAGAUGAAAACAGCAACCAGAGCUUCCAGUCAGAGGGCUCCCUGCAAAAGGGUGCAGACCCCAGUCCCGGGGGGACCCCCCAGCCCAGCCGCCCAGCCUCCCCCACAGUCCCCCCUGAUGGGACCCCUGAGGACGCCCAGCCUCCCCAGCUUGGACAAGAGAGAGAUCCUGGGGGGCUGAUGGUGGGUGGCACGGAUGAACCGCCGAUGCUGACCAAAGAAGAGCCCGUGCCGGAGUUACUGGAGGCUGAGGUGCCCGAAGCUUACCCCGCCUUUGAGCCGGUGCCCGCUGUGCCCGAGCCAGAUGUCAGGGAGGCAGAUGACUCAGAAGGGACACCUCCCCUCAAACGCAUCUGCCCAGAAGGUCCCGAAGGCAGUCCCCUCCCACCCGAUCCCUGAGACUCAUCUGCCCCUCGGCCUUCUCCCACACCCAAUUCCCUGGCUUUUUACAAUAAAAAAACAAAAACCUUUUGUA